CCUUUUGAAAAUGCAACAGUUGACUUUCAAUGGUCCUUCUGAGUCAUACACCUUCCACGUAAUUAUAGGCGAACCUCAGCUGCACAAUACCACCCCGUGGGGCCGUCAUCUGAAUCAGCCGUGAAGCCGUAAACAAAGGUUGUCUUGGAGUGCUUGAUCUCAGAGGAUAACCUGACAAAAAGAAAAUAUGCUGUGCCUCCCCCAAGCCACUUAAGCUUGCACUGUACAAGAGACGCUGCUAGUACGUGUUGAUCACCUGAGAAACUCAUAAAAGAGCCAGGAGAGACCUCGGAUGCAGAAUCAUGUAAUGAGGCAAUAGAGACCUAGAGCUGUGGGGUUAGAAUGUCUGCGGUGUCGAUGAGAGAAGCCCUGGGCCUGGAGCUGCUGAGGGGGCAGUCCAGGGAGGGUCUGGAGCUGAAGUCCAAUGUGGUGCGAGUCUUCAUUAGCUCAACAUUUUCAGAUAUGGGCAGAGAGAGAGAUGUGUUACUGGAUAAAGCAUAUCCAGAACUCCAGUCUUUCUGUCAGAGUCUGGGCCUGGUCUUUGAGGUUGUAGAUAUGAGAUGGGGUGUCCGUGACACAAUUGCCGUGGAUCACAUGACAACUGAGUUGUGUCUCCAGGAGAUUCAGUCUUGUAAGAGGAUGUCUGUGGGCCCUACUUUCACUGUUCUGCUGGGAAAUCGCUAUGGCUACCGGCCAAUUCCUCGACUCAUCCCCGAGAAUGAGUUUGAGCUGCUGCUGUCCAAGCUGACUAAGGACCAGGAGGGAGUGGGGCUCCUCACUGACUGGUUCUGGAAAGAUGAUAAUUCGGUCCCAUCCACCUAUGUUCUGCAGCCAAUCACCACUCAUUUGCCCCAUUAUGAUGAUACGCGCCCUGAGAGUUACGAGCAGCAUGAUAAUGACGUAGUUACCUGGCGCAUCACAGAAGAGCGUAUCUUGCGGCUGCUACGUACCGCCGCCCUCCAGGCAGAGAAAGAUGGGGCUAUUACCACAGAGCAAAAUCAUAAGUUCUUCAAAUCUGUGACUGAGUGGGAGAUUGAGCAGGGUCUUCUGGGAUUUCAGAAGAGUGACCCCUACACUGUGCUCUUUGUGCGCGAGUUGUCACGUUUGCACAAGCAUGAAAGCCAUAGGAACUUCGCCCAGUUUGUGGAUGUGACUGCAGACGGGCUGGUAGAUAAGGAAGCUCAGGAGCUUCUGUCAAAACUGAAGACUCAAAUCUAUGCUCUGUGUUCAGGCCUUGUCAACGUCCACUCUCUGGAGCUCAACAGAGUUGGUAUAGACCCGGGCUGCAAGGUGCACGCUAAGUACCUCCAGAGCCUGUGUGAGCAGUUUGUCUCCCAGAUGAAGGCAAAGAUAAGCAGGGCUGUUGGAUCUUCAUCACCUGCCAGCAUGACUGGCGGAGCAGAGUGGGGCUGGCUGUGGCAGGAGAUCAGCCAUCACCUGCUGUUGAGUUCCAACAAAUGUGCAGUUUUCUGUGGCAGGGAGAGCCUCCUAGGAAAGAUUUGUCUCACCAUGUGGGAAUCAACAAACACCUACCAUGGGCCCCUAGUUGUGUAUGGGCCCUCAGGGAUUGGCAAGACUGCCCUGAUGUGCAAGCUGGCACAGGAAAUGCAGGGGGUUCUGGGCCCUAAGUCAGUGGUGGUGCAGAGGCUGCUGGGAACAUCUCCUUUGAGCUCUGAAAUUGACUCCGUUUUGAGGAGCGUCUGUUUUCAGGUAUGUGGGGCAGUCGGUCUGUCAUUACCCACCACCCAAACCACCAACAACCAUGAAGACUUGGUGAGGUUCUUCCAUGGUCUCCUUGCCCAAGUGUCGCAGCAGAGAGACUCCCUCCUCAUCAUCCUGGACUCCCUGGACCAGCUUUCUGAAGCCAACCAUGCCCACAAGCUACACUGGCUGCCCAAAGAGAUCCCGCCUUACGUCCAAAUAGUAGUCUCCACUGUGGAUUCUGGGCCACCUCUCCUGGAGGCCCUGAGAGGUAUGAUUCCAGCGCCAGAAAAUUUCUUCCUUGUCGAGCAGCUGGGAGUCGAUCAAGGCCGAGAAAUCAUCGAUGCCUACAUGAGAGCGGCAGGACGUCGGCUGACUUCGGAUCAGCGCGACGUGGUUCUGCGUGGCUUCCAGCACUGCGGCCACCCCCUGCUGCUGAAGCUCACCCUGGACACAGCACGACGUUGGGCUUCCUACACCCCCGUGUCUGAGCUCCAGCUUGGCAGCACUACGCAGGAAGCGGUCUCUCUGCUCUUCCAGCAUCUGGAGAAGAAACACGGGCGCCAGCUUAUCAGUGCUGCGCUGGGGUACAUCGUAUCGUCAAGGGAUGGGCUAUCGGAGGCGGAGCUGCGAGAUGUGCUGUCCUUGGAUGAUGAGGUCCUGGCUGACGUCUAUCAGUACUGGCUGCCACCCUCCCUUGCCUUCAUCCGUCUGCCCCCCCUGCUGUGGAGCCGCGUCAGGCAUGACCUGGGGGAGUACCUGGUGGAGAGGCAGACCCAUGGCGUCUCCGUGCUGGGACUCUACCACAGGCAGUUUAUUGAAAUGGUGCAGGAGAGGUACUUGUCCGCGGAGUCCAAGGCAAAGAGUCACAGUGUCCUUUCUGAUUACUUCCUGGGUCUCUGGAGCCAAGGCAAACUCAAGCCUGUCUUUCUACCUGCGCUGACAUUUAACACCAAACUUAAUUCUGACAGGAAGGUGUCCCCUCAGCCCUUAUGGUUUGCUCAAGGUGUUGCCAACACCAGGAAGCUGAGGGAGCUCCCCUACCACCUAGUGCAUGCAGGCAAAUGGGAAGAACUGCAUCAGGAAGUUAUUGGGAGUACAGAGUGGCUGUGCUGUAAAACUCUGACUUGCGGUGUGGCCAGUGUUAUCGAAGACUUGUCCCUCUGCGCUGAGGCCAGUGGCUGUCCUGAGAUCAGGCUGAUACGAGACACUUUGUUACUCAUGAAGCCCACACUGGAUUUCAUAGAUGGACGGAUGGACCCAUGCCUCUUCUACACUGAGAUCUUCGCUCGGCUCUACACCUUUGCUGAGAUGUACCCGACUCUGAUUGGUCGCCUGUGCUCCCAGUGUCAGGACUGGUUCAGCGCCUGUCCCAACCCUGUUCUGGUCCCCAGUUGUAGCUUCUUCCAGCCUCCAGGAGGGGCACUGAAGACAACCCUCACUGGCUUCCAGAAAGGAAUCACAGCAGUAGAUCUUUGUGUCGAAAAGGGGCUUUUGGUGGUGGGUUCAGAGGAUGGGAAAGUGAUUGCCUGGAACCUGGAUGAAUUAGAAGUUAUCCAUAACUUUACAGGGCACACAGCGGGGAUAUCCUGUGUGAAAGUGAUUGACAGGGGAGCCCGCUACCUCUCCUCGGCCUUCGAUGGUACUCUGAGGCUGUGGAGUCUGCUGAGUGGCAGGCAGCUGUACUCCAUCUCUAUAGAGUGUCCCCCCGGUACCCAGCCCCCCACACAGAUCCAUGUGAUUGAGGAGAAGGCUGUCAUCUACUGCAUCACAGGAGCCCAGCUAAAUGCAUGGCACCUUGAAACAUCUGAGCUCCUCUUCCAAAUUGUGUUGCCUGAGGGGAGCGUGUCCUCCAUGCUUGGUGUGCUGAGUGGGGCAGUUGCAUCCCUCACAGAUGGAGGACUCCUUACUUUCUAUGACUGGUCAACCGGCUUGGGGCAAAAAGAGACCUGUUUGAUGGUGGACCAGGAGAACUUCACCCCUACAUGUCUGCUGACCCUGCACAGGCAUGACAAAUUGAUCAUCGGCUCCAAGGAGGGUUUCCUUCAUCUGGUUUCCUGUCAUGGAAAACAGACUAUUACCAAGCUUCUGGCUGAAGUUUCUUUUCUCACCACAUCUGACGAUGAAAAGCUUCUGUGUGCAGGUUUCGCGAAUCAAGUAGCUGUGUUCCAUGUCCAGGACUUAGUGCAGAAGGGCCUGCAUCAGGUGUUCCGGCAUGAAUACACUGUCCUCACCGCAGUAGCCCCCUGCCAUCGAAGAGUGCUCAUCACUGGCUGCGAGGACCAGACUAUAAGGGUUUGGUGUUUAUCCACUGGAGAUCUCCUCGACACAUUUACGGGCAUGGGUGCUCCUGUCACCACUCUGGUGGUUUACAAGGACACUGUUAUCUCCAUGUCCAGCAGCACCUACUACCUGAAGCUGUGGCACUUGGACUACAAUCACAAGCACAAGACAAAUAACUGUUUCCCAGCCAGUAGCCCUCUUGUAACGGUCUCCCGCAGUGGUGACGCAGUGUACUUCCUCAAACACGGAGACAGGAAGGAAGUCGUCAUAUGGGAUUGUCGCACAGGUGCGUCCAGUGAACCCAUUACAGUUUCAGCUGAAGUCAGCUGCCUGGAGCUGGCUCCACAAAAGAAGCUGCUGUUUUGCGGGCUGAAAACCGGCACCAUCCUGAUCUACCCACUGGCAUUCGCUCCCGAAACCUUGUGCAUUCCCCCUCCAGAGACCCUGCCCUCAGUCCGCUGCUUGGCUGUCAGUCACUUGGAGGACAGGGUGGCCGUGGCUUAUGAAGGUGGUAUUUCCUUGUUUGAGAUCACCGUUAGGGACAGUUUCCCUUGCAUUGAGGGUCCCUUAGAAAAACUGCCCCUCUCGCUGCUGCAUUCCCCCAUUUCAUCCAUGGCUUUGCUGCCUAACGGCAGGUUGCUCAAUGGCACAUUGAGUGGGGAGGUCAUGCUGUAUGAUUUCAAGACUGCCUCAGCAGUGUCCCUGGAUGACCACUCUUCUGAGAUUACAUGCAUCACAGUGAAUCACCGUGGAACGCAUGCUUUGAUUGGCUCCCAGGAUUCCAUUCAAAGGCUGUGGAGCUUAUCACCUCUGGAGCUGAACUACACAAUGGACUACAAGGGAUUCUUCUUUGAAGGGAUUCUUUGUGCAACUUUCUCAGAAGAUGACCGCUAUAUUUAUACUGGGUCUCACGACAGGACCAUCAAAGUCUGGGAUGCAUCCAAUGGGCGUUUACUUGUCGUCCAGUAUGUCUACGCCUCAGUCACAAAGAUUUUACCCUUCAAGGACGGGUUUGUUGCAGUCUCUCAGCUGGGUCAUGUCAUCAAGGAGCGGUUCCGCUGUCCAAGUCACAUCAGUGCGGAGUACAACCCACUGCAGAACAUUCGGGGCCAGUACAGAGUCAUUUCCAGGUCAAGUUCGCCCGAAAGCCCUGCGCUGACCAAGGAGAAAGAGGAGAGCAGGCCCAUCCAUCUUCGUGUCCAGAAGACCAAGUCUUCACACACUUGCCUCCUGCUAUGACAGCAAAUUGACUUUGCAGUCAGUUAAGAACAG